AGAGGGGGCACCCGCGCCGCCGGAAGCUGCUGUAAGGUUCUCGGCGCCCGGGCCGUGGCUGGAUCGCCAGGGAGCAGACAUGGAGCAGCAGGACCCGGGCGUCACUUUUGACGACGGCAUGGACUCGUUCUUGGAAAAGUUCCAGAGUCAGCCUUACCGUGGCGGCUUCCACGAGAGCCAGUGGGAGGAGGAAUUUGAAAAGAUUCCUCUGUUUAUGAAGAACUCGCCAUCAGAAAUUGAUCCCCUGGAGAAUCCUGACUUGGCCUGCCUGCAGUCAAUUAUUUUUGAUGAAGAGCGAUCUCCAGAAGAUCAGGCCAGGACUUACAAAGAUGAGGGCAAUGAUUACUUUAAAGAAAAAGACUAUAAGAAAGCUGUUAUUUCAUACACUGAAGGAUUAAAGAAGAAAUGUGCAGACCCUGAUUUGAAUGCUGUUCUUUAUACCAAUCGGGCAGCAGCACAAUACUAUCUGGGCAAUUUUCGUUCUUCUCUCAAUGAUGUGAUGGCUGCCAGAAAGCUAAAACCCUGCCACCUCAAAGCAAUAAUAAGAGGUGCCUCUUGCCAUUUGGAACUGAAAAACUAUGUCGAGGCUGUGAACUGGUGCGAUGAGGGGCUGCAGAUAGAUGCCACAGAGAAGAAGCUUCUGGACCUGAGGGCUAAAGCAGACAAGUUGAAGCGAACUGAACAGAGGGAUAUAAGGAAAGCAAAGUUGAAAGAAAAGAAGAAGCAGGAUCAGAAUGAGGCUUUACUCCAGGCCAUCAAGGCUAGGAACAUCAGGCUAGUCGCUGAAGCUCCUGGAGAGGAUGAAGACUCGGCCUCAGAAGGUCUCAGUGAGCUCGCCCUGUAUGGCCUCAGCUCUGAAAACCCCUGUGGAGCCAGGCUGAGUGUGGACGACCAGGGGAGACUGAGCUGGCCUGUGCUCUUUCUGUACCCGGAGUAUGCCCAGUCGGACUUGAUCUCUGCUUUUCACGAGGACUCCAGGUUUAUUGAUCAUCUAAUGGUGAUGUUUGGUGAAACACCGUCUUGGGAUUUAGAGCAAAAAUACUGCCCUGAUAAUUUAGAGGUCUACUUUGAGGAUGAGGACAGGGCAGAACUAUACUGCGUGCCUCCCAGUAGCACCCUGCUGCAGGUGCUACAGCACCCCAGGUACUUUGUAAAAGCCCUGACACCAACAUUUUUGGUCUGUGUAGGAUCCUCUGGUUUUUGUAGGAAUUAUCUCCGGGGGAAAAAGGUACACCAGGUAAAGUGACUGGGCCAUGCUGUGGGAGCCAGGCUCCCUGGACCUCCUCCCUCCCCACCUCAGCCUGGAGUCCAGCACUCUUGAAUCAGCAAGAUCUACUCCUCGAACCCAGCACUUUAUUCCUGCCACCCCAGGGACAGGCCUUCCCUGCAUCAUGGUUGGGGAGGAGCUGCUGCCUUCUUGAACUUCAGCCUCUCGGGACAGACCGCUGAGCUCUAGCAGGCCUUCACUUUCCUCUCUUGCUACUGAACUCUGUGCCUUGCUGAUGACAUCCUUGGACUCACUCUGAGUUGUGUUAACCACCAGCUUCCAGCUCUGACCUGAAGACUCAUGAUCCAGUGACGUGGUUCUGCAGCUGUGUACUUCACACUGCACACAUAGACAACCACGUGUGUGAUUGUAAGGUGUUAAUGCUAAGAGGUCCGUCAUGAGCACAGAGGCCUGCUCUGUUGGGAUCCUGUAGGUGCCUUGGGGUGAGAUGGGGCUGGGAAGCCAGGUCCUAUUUCUCCAUCUUUUAUAAAGAUCUGCACAUUGAGGGUCCUCUAGAACCCCUAAAAAGUUUGCCAUGUUUCCUGGUCUUUGCAAUAUGGAGACCUGUGACAUACUUGGACAGUAUAUCAGUUUUCACAUUUGUUUAGAAUUUUAUGCCUUUUAAGCUGGAAAAUCUUUUUGCACAUUGAGUCACUGUCGUUUGUUGUAUUUUUGUCUACCACUCUUUGCCUCCUCCUUUCUAGAGGAUUUUAUAAGUCCUUAGCUUGCAUUGCCCGCCCCGUCCCCCAGUGAGGAGGGUUCAUCCCUUCUCCUGAUGCAGAGGGAUGUGAGUGGACAUGUCGAGGCAGAGCUUGCAGAGCAUGGCGUGGUGGGCUCAUGCUGUUUUCCCUCUGCUUGGGAAUGUAUUUCCCAGGGUCGAGCUGUUCCUUCAGCUGGAUGCUAAAACACGUGGAGCAGAGCUGAAGCAGCUGGCCUGCAGCCAUUGACUGUGACAUGAAUGAGAAAUAAAUAUUUGUUGUAGUAUUAA